CACGAGAGCUAUCCUGACCAACUUCUAAACAGAGCAGUGGUGAAGUUUGAGGAGGUAAAAUAAAGACUUUGUGUCCGGUUGAGAGCCUCACUAACCAUUAAACGGACACAGCCUACAGUCCGGCUGCCACUAUGGACGAUUUAGACGCACUGCUGGCGGACCUGGAAUCCACUACGUCCCACAUCUCAAAGCGGCCUGUGUUUCUGUCUGACGAGACCCCUUACUCCAUCCCCACCGGAGGACACUCCUACCAGGAUGUGUCAGUCCCUCCUCCGGUCCCUCCUCCACCCUCAGCCGAGGCUCUGAACGGAUCCCUGAUAGAUCAGCCCGACUCCAUCCACUCCUCUCAGCAGUCUUUAGGUUCAGCCCACAAGAGCUCGUGGUCGAGGGACAGCAGCAGCUCGCCGUUGUCUCACAUUGAAGAGGACCACGUCUACAGUUUUCCAAACAAACAGAAAUCAUCCGACUCGUCGACAGCAGCCAUGACCUCUGCUCUGGGGAGUAACCUGUCAGAGCUCGACAGGCUGCUUCUGGAGCUCAACGCCGUGCAGCAGAGCUCGCCUUCAUUCCCCACCACAGAGGAGGCAGCUCCACCCUUACCCUCCUGCAGCAUCACUCACUACGAGAACGGCAGCGCCCCCGACAUCAUGGUGAGCCCUCCCGCUCAGGAGACACCCAACAGAAACGGAACCAGGAUUGAAGACACCCGACCCACCGUGGAGAGUCUGCUGGACGAGCUGGAGGGCUCAGUGCCUUCACCCAGCCCUUCCUCUCGUCACAGUGAUUUGGACACGCCCUCUCAGCAGCAGGCCAGGAUGUCAGCUUCCUGUGCCACGAGAGAGCUGGACGAGCUGAUGGCCUCUUUGUCUGACUUUAAGCCCACCUCUUUGGGCUCUCUGCUGGACCCUGCAGGACCCAGCUCUCCUCACCUUCCAGCGGCCUCUCCUUCCCUUCCUCUGUCCCACCCAUCUGCCUGUGCCUCUCCUCUCUUCUCUCUGCCCGCUGGUUUCGAGCUGCACAUAGAUGAGGACGGAGGAGACGGUACAUUGAUGCCUCACUCAAACCGUCUCCCUCCCCACAGUCCUGUGUCCUCACUGUCUGCAGCCAGUGAGCCAGACCUGGACUCUGUUAUAGAUGUCUCUGCCACCAUGCUCUCCUCUCAGACCAAGUCUCUGCUUGUCCUCUGUCAGUCUACUUCCUGUAACUCUAACCUGAUGAGAAAUAGCCCGAGUCCUUCAAACGCCACCACCACCCCCUCUCUGACCUCGGUUAACACCGUCCUGGACCACAAGUCCUCCAAGUCCCCUAGUCCGUCUGUAGAACGUGUCUCACCCUCAAAUACUUGCAGUAAAUGGUCCUGUGCUUCUGAAAUCAGGGGGUCUCCUUCUUUUCAAGACCUUGAUUUGAAUUACUCCACCCCGACUCCUGUGAAAAACCUCACCCCUCCUCUCUCUGCUCCGAAGACACCCUCACCCUUCCCUAUGCCCCUCUCUCUCUCUCCACCUUCCUUUUCCCUAAAAACAUCUUCACCAUCCUCAGUCUCUCCAGUCAUGGUCCCCUCUCGUCUGGCCUCCACCAGCCCCAGCAGACAGCUGAUAGAGUCGACUCCCACAGUCCCACUCUUUGUACAGCGGCCCCCCCCUGCAGCAGAGCCCUCCCUGGACGAGGCUCUUGACAAGCUGCUGGCCAUGAGUUUUGUACAGAAUCACGUGGAGGAGCAACAGAUGAAGAUGGAGGCUCCGUGUCUGGGCAGCUGCAUGCAGGAUGUGCAGGAGGAGCUCAUCCUGCCCAUGGACAGAAACAGCGUGCAGCCCGACACCUUCACUAGCGCCACCAACACCAUCACAGACGGCUCUGUGGACGGAGGCACCGACGGGAAUGGCGAUCUAGACUGGGCGGAUGAGGAGCUGUCCAUGUCCUUCCAUGACGGAUUUGAUGGCACCAUGACGCCAUACACAGAGAGGCCUUACACAGAUGGCAGCAUGACCCCGCUGACAGAGGCCAGCUGGAUGGAUGAGUCCAUGACCCCAUCCUCAUGCCCCGGGACCCCUGACGUGGCCCUGGACCUGCCCAUGCUGCAGACUCCCAAUAUAGACCGAGUGUCUGCAUCCGGACACAUAAAAUCAGUGAUUAGGCGCACAAAGGAGACUCCCAACGUGCACCCCAUGUUCAGAGACGGUCACCUGCGCAGGAAGAUGGGACCGGUCAUCGUAAACAAGAACACUUCUCAGGACCGCCUCAUAGAGGAGCUUCAGGGCAAGUUUGGGAUCGGCCGGUCGGAGCGGCGGCGUAAACAGUCUGAUGACUGGCUGACGGAGGGCGUCGUUGUCACAUCCAAACCCCAGCGUUUCCGUCCUGAAGGGGUCAACAGUGAGGUCGAGAAGAUCAUUAUUCCCCCUGACUCCCCUGUCCCUGUGAGAAAGGUGCUCCCACCUCCCUCUCCCCCUGCCCCUCGUCGCCCUCCUAUUGUAGAAGAACCAAAGCGACCCGUCCCUGUACGGCAAGCCCCUGUCCCUACACCCCCACCACUUCCUCCUCCACCUCCCUCUGCACCUCCACAACCGCAGCGCAUCCCGGAACCGGUCCCUGCUGCACCCCGGCAUACUGUCAAAUCCUCACCUUCACCUGCCCCAGUUCAGGAACCUCCUGCUCCCAAACCAGAGCCCCCUCCUCCUGUUUUUAAAACCCCCAUCCAGCCUCCACCAGCAGAGCCAGAUACACAAGUUCCACCUAAAGUCCUGGUGUCUGUAGGCUGCCAAACAGAGUAUGACCCAAUCUUCCCUCCAAUGCAGAUUAUGGCCCAAGGAAAGGGUGGGGUUCCUGGUGGUCCUCCGACUCAGGUCAACAAGCUGGACAACAUGCUCGGCAGCCUGCAGUCGGACCUCAACAAGCUGGGUGUGCAGACGGUCGCCAAAGGAGUGUGUGGUGCCUGCUGUAAGCCCAUUGUAGGACAGGUGGUGACUGCCAUGGGCCGCACAUGGCACCCCGAACACUUUGUGUGCACGCACUGUCAGGAGGAGAUCGGCUCCAGAAACUUCUUUGAGCGUGAAGGUCAGCCAUACUGUGAGAAAGAUUACCACAACCUCUUCUCCCCGAGGUGCUACUACUGCAACGGACCCAUCCUGGAUAAAGUCGUGACGGCGCUGGAUAGGACCUGGCAUCCUGAGCACUUCUUCUGUGCUCAGUGUGGAUCCUUCUUUGGCCCUGAAGGUUUUCAUGAAAAGGAUGGAAAGGCUUACUGCAGGAAGGAUUACUUUGACAUGUUUGCACCAAAAUGUGGAGGCUGUGCCAGAGCCAUUUUAGAGAACUACAUCUCAGCACUGAGCAGCCUCUGGCAUCCUGAGUGUUUUGUUUGCAGGGAGUGUUUCACACCAUUUGUGAACGGAAGUUUCUUUGAGCACGACGGCCAGCCUUACUGUGAGGUGCACUACCACGAACGCCGAGGCUCCCUCUGCUCCGGCUGUCAGAAGCCCAUCACGGGACGCUGCAUCACAGCCAUGUCCAAGAAGUUCCACCCAGAGCACUUUGUGUGUGCCUUCUGCCUGAAACAGCUCAACAAAGGCACCUUUAAAGAACAGAACGACAAACCGUACUGCCAUGGCUGCUUCAUCAAACUGUUCAGUUAGAGAGUGAGCACAUUUAACACGCAAUGUGUGGGUCUGUGUCUUCAGCAUUUAAAUACAGAUAGUGAGGGGAUGGGAUUCAAGAAGGUUGUGUCUGUUCUGAUGAGGGCAUUGGAAGUGUGUAUGGAUGAGGUAUGUGCAUGUGGUUAAAGCCGGCGCUCUGUCAGACUAAAACUUACAGACAGGUCUACAUACAUCAUUGAAGCUCUUACAGGCUUUGAAUGGGUCGUGUUUGAUGCAGAUAUUUCUCAGCUUUUAAAGGACAGUUAUGAUCAUGAGCUCAAGAAAAUGUACGAAAUGGUCACAUGGUGACAUUAACAAGGUUUUCAGAUCAACACUGAUGCAUCGAAGUCAUUUUUAAAAUCCUGUGUUGAAUCUUGUCUUUUCUGUAAAUCUCUCAACAAUGUGCUUUCAAAUCUUCAAAGUUAUUUUUUUCUGGUAAGAUGGUGAAAUCUUACUGAACACUGUAGAUCUCCAGGAAAUACUCUGCAUGUUUUUCAUUGUUGCUCACUGGUUGAGCGUCUCUCAUUUUAAACCGUAGGGGGAGUGUGAAGAUCAGGAAACUUUAGCAAGGAGCAGGUGACCUGAUGCUUUUUUAAACAUCAUGUUAUUACAACAGAUGAGUGUUUUUGUUUCAUAGCAUGAAGUUGGCCAUCAUAACACUUUAGCAUCGACUGGAAAUGGCUGUGUCGAUUACUUUGUCUGUGUGAAAUUGAUUGUAAUGUCUUUAGACAUUUACAGCAGCAGUCGUUCAGUCAGUCUGAAAAAAACCAGCUAUUUUUUAAGAAGUGUUUGUAUCAGAUUGUUUUCACGCUGAGUUUCUUCUAUAAGUGAAUCAACCUAACAGAGUUUAUAAAAGGAAGAGUCUCACGUACACCUGUUUUGAAGCCAAAGUCAAACCAUGCAUUGGUAAAUCUUUUACUGUGACUGUCAAUGAAGUUCACUUUGAAGCGAGCCACCAUGAGCUGCAGUGUUCGAUCUCCGUAACACACGUUUUAACACAUCUCAUGUUUUUGCUGCCAAAUCAUUCCUCAUCUUUUCAGAGAAGAAAAGAGAAACAAUUUGAUGACAGAUUUUUCUCUCAUACAGUGAAGUGGAACUACAUAAAGAAACUGGGAGUAUGUUGUUUAUUUUUACACUGUAAUCACUGUGUCUGAGAAGUCUUUUGUAAAUAUCCUAUGCAGCUAUGUGAGUUUAAUAACCACUUAUUCAAAGAGGGGGAGGCGGCAGGUUGAAAGGCAGAGAAAAGACACUUUGUUCAGUGUCCUUACUGUAUUGAGAAGCUGAUGAAUGUUUGUUAUUUGUGAAAGAAGUACAUAAUGCAAGAAAAUACAUAGAAUUUGCUGUGACAUUACAAACACCUCUGUCAUGUUACUUUAACUGUGGAUUAACACCUUUGUCUUUAAUUAUCAGCAGGCUGUCCUUACUCUUGAUUCAGCUGGUAACACUGGCAAAUUCAGCUAAAUACUUGCAACAGGUCAAUAGUCCAGUUUUGUUUUCAUAUUAUAAUUCUGUGAGUCCACUGAAAAAUAAAAGCCUGGAGGUCUGUUAGAAGAAAUGGUAGGACUAAGAUGACCCUCAGCGUCUGCGUAGUGUCUACUGUAUUAGAAACAAGUGGGGUCUGUAAAUGGUCAAGGAUCACAUGCAGCAGAUGUUGGGCCUUUUGUCGUUUUCAGGGAAUUGUAGAGCCUUAAAUCUCUUCUCACUCUAUAUAAGAGUUACAGUUGUUUAUUCAAAUCAAUCAGUAGAGUGUUAUUUAACCAAAGCCAUACCUUCUUUUCAUUGAUUUUGUGUCUGUUCAAUUAUUUUUUUCUUUUCACUACGAAUGUCAAUAAUUAUGAAGUGGGAGUCCUCACCUCUAGUCUGAUAAUGCCAAUAAAUACUGUUUUGGUAUCCAAA